UUUUAUUGUAAUAUAGAGUAUACACAUAUGAAAGAUUUUCUCUCUCCGACUUAUUCGAUACGUACAUAAGUAGCUCAAUAUUUGUCGUAUUCAAAGCACAAUAAAAUAUAGAACAAACAGAUGAUAUUCGUGUCGGAGACGAAACAAUUGUGAUAUUUACACGAUUUUUCUAACAGUCGUCGUUACAAUCCUCGUGCGAUGAAUUGACUUGGCAAAAUACAUCGAGAAUCGAGUGAGACAUACAAUUCCAGAGUGCAAUCUCGCAGAUAUUGACGGUCGUACGCUGAUAUCGUAUUCGAUAUAUUCGCAAGAUAGUUCGAUCAACACGUGCACGGCCGACUCGAUAACGUGACCGCGUGAUAAAAGUUUCGCGAAGAAUAUAUAUACUUUUCCAAAAUAUUGCACAUAUUGUAAUAUUUUAUUUGCGAGACACGCGAUGUUCAAAUUCAUCGAGGAUAGAAUAUGGAAGUCAAACGUGUGGUAUAAAAAUCAACAAAAGUGCAUCGAGAAAUCACAUUCGUUGACGGAAAUUUUCCUCUCUCGUGCGUCAUUUUAUAAUCAAAGGGACAGAUGAUUGCUUUAUUGAGUAUCUUAUCGGUAUUGCGAUAAAUCGUUCGAUGAAAAAUACGAGCAUAGUCAAACGGUAGCUGCUGGAUAAGUAGCAGACUACAUCGUGUCACGUCCAGAGACACGAAAAGUGCGAAUCGCGCAACAUACAGUGCUUUCAAAUAUAUAUAUAUAAACAUAUAUACAUGUAUAUUAGUUAUAUUGUUAUAUAAUACAUCGUUAAUUGUUAGCCAAAAUCGUCAAUUACAUAACGAACCGUUUGUACGCGACAAAGAAUGGCAUGGCGGCGCAAACGCAUGGUUGGAUAUCAAAUAAUUCUUCUCACCGCCAUCCCGGCUACGUAUCUUUUUUGCGUCAGUAUGGCGGGACUGUUUUCUGACAUUCGGACAAACACCGGUUACGCAAAAACCGAUUUCCCGACGGAAUGGCAAGGACGCAAAUUGCUGCAGACGAGCAAGCCCGAACCGCGAGCGAACGAGACUUACAAUUGCACUCCGCCUGCCAUCAAAGAAUUUCCACCCGAUGGAUUUACACGACAGCAAAGACAAGCGGGAUUUAUAUUAAUCCACUUCGCCAUUGCUAUUUAUCUGUUCUUGUUACUCGCCAUUGUUUGCGAUGACUUUUUCGUUCCGUCCAUUAAGAAAAUCUGCGAGAAGCUCGAUGUCACCGAAGACGUAGCUGGCGCUACCGUAAUGGCGGCCGCAAGUUCGAGUCCGGAAUUGUUCAUUAACGUUAUCGGUACUUUCGUUACGGAAGGCGAUCUGGGUGUCGGCACCAUCGUUGGUUCCGCGGUGUUUAACAUAUUAGCCGUUCCCGCGUGUUGCGCGCUACUCGCGCACGAGGCGUUGAACUUGGAAUGGUGGUCGAUAUCGCGAGAUACAAUAGCCUACGCCUUCACAGUUCUUCUCUUGAUCUUGACUCUGCGGGACGGACGUGUCGAGUGGUACGAGGCGCUCAUCCUCAUCAUGUGUUACAUUCUAUACAUUUCAGCGAUGUGUCUCAAUCGCCGCAUCACCAGUUUUAUCAGACGUGUUACGUCUAAGAGAAAAAAGUACAAAAUCUGCGAAAAUACUCCUCUUCUGUCAAAUAACAUCAUCAAAGAAACAGAGAUAUGUGGAUUUAGCUCGAGCGACGUGGACGAAUCACUCGAAAUUGUGGACAUGACAUCCUGGCCAAAUUCAACCUGCGAAAAAAUAUGGUGGAUCGUUACCUGGCCUAUUAAUUUGGUAUUGUUCUUUACUAUUCCCGACUGCAGAAGAAAAAAAUUGAGAUCCUGGUAUCCGUUUACGUUUAUCAUGUGCAUAAUGUGGAUCGCGACUUCGUCCUACAUCAUCGGAUGGGUUAUCACUAUAAUCGGUGAUACUUUUAGAAUUCCUGACUCAAUUAUGGGUUUGACGUUCCUCGCAGCUGGAAUGAGCGUACCCGAAGCCGUAUCGAGCGUUAUCGUUGCAAACCAAGGUCACGGUGCCAUGGGGAUAAGUAAUUCGAUAGGCUCGAACGUGUUUGAUGUAUUACUGUGUCUCGGAUUGCCGUGGUUCAUAAAAGCCGCGCUAGUGCCAACGGUACCCGGACAAUAUUACGUUCAAAUCAAUUCUCAAGGACUAGUAUAUAGCUCGAUAUCUCUUUUUUCUACGUUAAUUAUUUUGUACGGAUCUUUGCUUCUUAACAAGUUCAAAUUAAAUCGUACGGUCGGUAUCGUCUGUCUCGUUAUGUACGUCGUAUUUUUGAUAUUCGCAUCCGUUGUGGAACUCAACACGUUCUUCGUUGUUAACUUACCGAUAUGUAUCGACUAGCAGUAAAUAUCGAUUAGAUUUUUUGAACUGUGUAAAUAUAUCCCAAUGAUGAUGUGA